GCUCACUCCGGCUGGCGCCGCCGCCUCGCGCGCUCCUACUCCGCCGCGACCGUCCGGGGAGGGGGGGGCUACUCCUCCCAAGUACCAUGUGUGACGGCGCCCUGCUGCCUCCUCUCGUCCUGCCCUUGCUGCUGCUGCUGGUUUGGGGACUGGACCCGGGCACAGCUGUCGGCGACGCGGCGGCCGACGUGGAGGUGGUGCUCCCGCGGCGGGUGCUCCCGGAAGACGUGCACCUGCCGCCGCUGCCCGGCGCUCCAGGGCCCCGCAGGCGCCGGCGCCCCCGCGCGCCCCCAGCCGUCCCGCGCGCCCGGCCCGGCGAGCGCGCCCUGCUGCUGCACCUGCCGGCCUUUGGGCGCGACCUGUACUUGCAGCUGCGCCGUGACCUGCGCUUCCUGUCCGGCGGCUUCGAGGUGGAGGAGACCGGCGCAGCCGGGCGCCGCGGACGCCCCACAGAGCUGUGCUUCUACUCUGGCAGCGUGCUCGGCUACCCCGGCUCUUUCGUCUCGCUUAGCGCCUGCGGCGCCGCCGGCGGCCUGGUUGGCCUCAUCCAGCUUGGGCAGGAGCAGGUGCUAAUCCAGCCCCUCAACAAUUCCCAGGGACAAGAGCAUCUGAUCAGGCGCAGAUGGUCCUUGACACCCAGCCCCUCUGCCGAGACCCAGGUCUCUGGGCAGCUCUGCAAGGUCCUAACAGAAAAGAAGAAGCCGAGGAGGGGCUGGCCGUCACGAGACUGGCGGGAGCGGAGGAAUGCCAUCCGGCUGACCACCGAGCACACAGUGGAGACGCUGGUGGUGGCCGAUGCUGACAUGGUGCAGUACCAUGGGGCCGAGGCCGCCCAGAGGUUCAUCCUCACUGUUAUGAACAUGGUAUUCAAUAUGUUUCAGCACCAGAGCCUUGGAAUUAAAGUUAACAUUCAAGUUACCAAGCUUGUCCUGCUACGACAGCGUCCUGCCAAAUUGUCCAUUGGGCAUCAUGGUGAGCGGUCCCUGGAGAGCUUCUGUCACUGGCAGAAUGAGGAGUAUGGAGGCGCACGGUACCUCGGCAACAAUCAGGUUCCAGGAGGCAAGGACGAUACGCCCCCCGUGGAUGCUGCUGUAUUCGUGACCAGGACAGAUUUCUGCGUACACAAAGAUGAACCUUGUGACACCGUUGGAAUUGCUUACUUAGGAGGUGUGUGCAGUGCUAAGAGGAAAUGUGUGCUUGCCGAAGACAAUGGCCUCAAUUUGGCCUUUACCAUCGCUCAUGAGCUGGGCCACAACUUGGGAAUGAACCACGAUGACGACCACUCCUCCUGCGCUGGCAGGUCCCACAUCAUGUCGGGAGAGUGGGUGAAAGGCCGGAACCCCAGCGACCUCUCCUGGUCCUCCUGCAGUCGAGAUGACCUUGAAAACUUCCUCAAGUCAAAAGUUAGCACUUGUUUGCUGGUCACAGACCCCAGGAGCCAGCACGCAGUGCGCCUGCCCCACAAGCUGCCAGGCAUGCACUACAGCGCCAACGAGCAGUGCCAGAUCCUCUUCGGCACCAAUGCCACCUUCUGCAGAAACAUGGAGCAGCAUCUGAUGUGUGCUGGACUGUGGUGCCUGGUGGAAGGAGAUACAUCCUGCAAAACCAAACUGGACCCUCCGCUGGAUGGCACAGAGUGUGGGGCAGACAAGUGGUGCCGCGCGGGGGAGUGUGUGAACAAGACGCCCAUCCCGGAGCACGUGGAUGGAGACUGGAGCCUGUGGGGCAGCUGGAGCAUGUGUAGCCGCACGUGUGGCACGGGAGCCCGCUUCCGGCAGAGGAAAUGCGACAACCCUCCCCCGGGGCCUGGAGGCACGCACUGCCUGGGCGCAAGUGUGGAGCACGCGGUCUGUGAGAACUUGCCCUGCCCCAAGGGCCUGCCCAGCUUCCGUGACCAGCAGUGCCAGAUGCAUGACCGGCUGAGCAGCAAGAAGAAGGGCCUGCUGACAGCAGUGGUGGUUGACGAUAAGCCGUGUGAACUCUACUGCUCGCCCCUCGGGAAGGAGUCCCCGCUGCUGGUGGCCGACAGGGUCCUGGACGGCACGCCUUGCGGGCCCUACGAGACCGACCUCUGUGUGCACGGCAGGUGCCAGAAAAUCGGCUGUGAUGGAAUCAUUGGGUCUGCGGCCAAAGAAGACCGGUGUGGGGUCUGCAGCGGGGACGGCAAGACCUGCCGCGUGGUGAAGGGUGACUUCAGCCACUCUCGGGGCACAGUCAAGAAUAACCUUUGUACCAAGGUGUCCACGUGUGUGAUGGCAAAGGCUGUUCCCAGGUGUUUCUCAUGUUAUAUUGAAGCUGCUAUCAUUCCAGCUGGAGCUCGAAGGAUUCGCGUGGUGGAAGAUAAACCUGCCCACAGUUUUCUGGCUCUCAAAGACUCCAGCAAGAGAUCCAUCAACAGUGACUGGAAGAUAGAGCUCCCUGGAGAGUUCCAGAUUGCAGGCACGACCGUCCGCUAUGUUAGAAGGGGCCUGUGGGAGAAAAUUUCCGCCAAGGGACCAACCAAAAUGCCUCUGCAUUUGAUGGUGUUGUUAUUUCAUGACCAAAACUAUGGAAUUCAUUACGAAUACACCAUUCCUGUAAACUACACUGCUGAAAAUCAAAGUGAACCAGAAAAACCGCAGGACUCCUUGUUCAUCUGGACCCACAGCAGCUGGGAAGGUUGCAGUGUGCAGUGCGGAGGAGGGGAACGCAGAACCAUCGUGUCCUGCACACGGAUUGUUAACAAGACCACGACUCUGGUGAACGACAGUGACUGCCCUCAAGCCAGCCGUCCAGAGCCCCAGAUCCGAAGGUGCAACUUGCACCCAUGCCAGUCACGGUGGGUGGCAGGCCCGUGGAGCCCCUGCUCAGCGACCUGUGAGAAGGGCAUCCAGCACCGGGAAGUGACCUGCAUGUACCAGCUGCAGAAUGGCACACACGUCGCCACUCGGCCCCUCUACUGCCCAGUGCCCCGGCCAUCGGCAGUGCAGAGCUGCGAAGGCCAGGACUGCCUGUCCAUCUGGGAGGCGUCAGAGUGGUCACAGUGUUCUGCCAGCUGUGGUAAAGGGACAAAGAAACGAACUGUGACAUGCACCAACUCGCAAGGAAAAUGCGACGCAUCCACGAGGCCAAGAGCUGAGGAGCCCUGUGAGGACUACUCCGGCUGCUAUGAGUGGAGAACAGGGGGCUGGUCCAAGUGCUCGUCGACCUGUGGGAAGGGCCUGCAGUCCCGUGUGGUGCAGUGCAUGCACAAGGUCACUGGACGCCAUGGCAAUGAGUGCCCUACCCUCUCCAAGCCAGCAGCCUACAAACAGUGCCACCAAGAAGUCUGCAAUGACAAGAUCAACGUGAACACCAUCACUUCCCCUCGCCUCGCUGCUCUGACCUACAAAUGCACACGGGACCAGUGGACAGUGUAUUGCAGGGUCAUCCGAGAAAAGAACCUCUGCCAGGACAUGCGGUGGUACCAGCGCUGCUGCCAGACAUGCAGGGACUUCUAUGCGAACAAGAUGCGCCAGCCACUGCCGCCACCAAGUUCAUGACAGGCGGCCAGUGGUCCCACGAUGCUCUGACAUGAGGUCUGAGUCCUGACGACAUGGCUAGUUGAAAGCCCACCCACCUGAGAGCACACCAGUCCUGCGGCUGGGACCCCCAAAGCACACCAUGGCUCACCCAGGAGGCUGUCCCAAGAACCCAAUUGCUUAGAACCUGAGAGUGGACUUGACGUUUGCUUAGUGCUUUUAUACUUAAUAUAUUGUUAACAGCCACUGGAUGGCUUUCUACGGUAAGGAAAAAAUAGGCAUGAGUCACAAAAUAGCUGUAAUUUCUAAGGUUCCACGUACCUCAAAGGGAACACCUCUGACAGAAAUCGUCAAGAGAAACGUCACAGGCGCCCCUGUCUUGGCUUUCCUCUGACGUUUGAAUUCCCAGUGCUUGGUGUAUCGGGGGAGGGGGAGGAUAUCCAAAAACGGAGACGUUUUACUUUAAAGCAGGCUUUAUUCUGAAAGCCCGUGACACCCUGGAUGGAAGGAGGCUUCUCUGGAGAGGCCGGGCUGCUGGAGCCCCCUUGACACCACAAGGACCAGCACGUGGCCCCUCCACUCUGUCAAGGAACAUGCUCUCUAGAUCGCAGCUUUUCCUUGGAGGUCUUGUCCCUGAGAGUCUGAGUCUGUGUGAAUUAAAAAGGACGCUAGGGCUGUGUAGUUCUGCAUACCACCUAUGUGGGGGAGAAUAUUCCAGAAGGGCUUGGGUUUGGGGACGUAUCUAGUUUUCAGAUCUCUGUUGUCCCCCACACAGGGAAACAGAAGAGCCUCUCUUCAAGGUGCUGUGAGAGGAGGCACGUGCUAAUUUUGGCCUUGGGAUUGCUUCCUGGCAUAGAGGUGAGCUCAGGGCAGCUUUGGGAGGGGUGGAGGGGCUCCCCCUCUGCUUCUGGGGACCUCUGUUCUAGCCAGUACUUCAUAAAGCUUUGCACCUUAGAGAUGGCUUCCCAUUAACCUUGGCCAUCUAUCUGAAGUUGAUUCUUCUUAGAACCUCUGAAGACUCAGGCUCAGGCCUGGCGCUUCACCCUGGCACGGGGCAGGUUUCCUCCAGGACUGCUCAGCCUAGUGCCAGGAUGGGUGGAGGAGUGGCCCGUGGCCAGGAUGGCCACAUACCCACCCAGCCUUCCCGUGGCCCAGACCUUGCAAUGUUCGUCAUUGUCAUGCUGUCGUUGUUGACCCGUCUUAGUGGGGCAAGAAUGACACUCAGAAAAUCCGGAAGAAGGUAUUUGCCUCCUACAGACACCUCACCCCUCAAAACAGAACUGUGCCCUCUCUGGAGCCCAGGGAGAUGAAAAGAGUGUCCUCUGUGAAAGCACAGAAGAUGGUAGGACCCUGCCCGCCCGGGAGCUGGGAGGAGGGGACCCGACAUGCUGGGAGGUCUGGUCUGCUGACCAACUCGGUGGGCCUUUGAUGGGUGCUUAUAUUCAAGGACUUUAUCAUGAGAAACCCACCCUCUCCUCCCUUAUUUCAGAAGGGAUCUUACUUAGGCUAAUCUCCAUGGGAUCAUCUCCUAGUGCUUCUUGAUUUACUGGUGCUGUGUUUAUGUAUCUGUGUUUGAGUUUUUGAUGUCACAACUUUAGAGUCAGCUUAAAUCAGAAAGAAAAAGAAACACUCUGCCACCCAAGCCCGUCUUAUGGGCUGUGUUUUGGUUUGUGAUUUUUUUACUGCCCCAGAGGCAGAGAAGUGGUAGGGAUGGCAGGGAAUCUAUUCAGUUCCACUUGAAUCUGUGAGAAGUGUUGAGAAAACUCCUUAGAUGUUCUGUGGAAAGACCCCAGAGGGUACCAGGCUGGGGCAGCCCACCUGCAAGGUAACCUCCAGCGGCUGCCCAGGGCCUGUGCAGAACGCUGUCCUCCCUGCUCUGGCUUGGCCGCGAGCAGACUCCCCAGGCCCCUCAAAGUCUUGGGGAGCUAGGGCUCAGUUUUCCCCCAGCCCCAAAUGGGCUGUACUUUACCACAGAUGAACAGAAAGCUCUCAGCCUCGGGGGCUGAGGAGCAGAGUCGGGGCAGCAAGCUAAGGAAGCCGGGGCAGCCUUGCUUACUGUCUGCAUGGGAACCAUGGGCUCACCUGAGCUGGGCAAGCAUAUGCACAUGCCCAGAGGCAAGCCCUUUGCCUGGUGCCUCUGAAUCUCCCCCCUGGCCACCUUGACGGUAUCAACUGGACGCCCCUGGCAAGGGCCCCACACCCUCAGAAUGCAAAUGACUGAUUCAGUUAUUGUUAAACAUCCCUUUGGUUCCCCAAAGUUUGGGUCUUUCUGAGCUCUUUUAGCUCAUGCUGGCACUGUCACUCUGAAAUUCACCAGCCCGCCUUCUGUUCCCCUCACAAGCAAUGAUCAAUUUCAGUGAAGCCAUCAUAGCACUCUUGCUCCACUUUGUACAGAAGACAAUGAAACCCUGUCAUUACAACAAUGAUGUUUCUUUAUGGUUAACAAUACCCUGUACUGUCACUCAAGUACUGUACCUUUUUGGUUGCACAAAUGUGUUACUAACUACAGAGUCUCACAAUCUUAUGGUGCUAUUUUCAUUGGUGCAAAUGAAACCCUCUCAGUUGACCAUGGCUUGAUAUUAUCAGAACACAGGGAAAGAUCCUCAAUGGCAGUAAUAUCAUUGCUUUGUUCUCUUUUCUUCAUUUCAGAGUCAAAUGUAUAUAUUUUCCAUUAGCUAACUUACAUUACGUACUGUACCCAUGGUAUUUUUGUUUUACUUUUUGGUGCUGGUUUGAAAGAAAAGAAAAAAAGAACAGAAGACAAACAUUGGACACCACUGUAAAUGAAAAAUUAAGCAUUUCAUUGGAAGUGAGUUGAAUAUGUUUAAUAAAAUGUUCUUCCAUAACAA